UCUCCCUCUCCCUCUCCCUCUCCGUCUACGAUUCACUUGUGCACACAAGGAGUCUGCCACGUAUGUACUACUAGAAACUAUAUUCAGACAAUCCAGUGGACUUGUAGACGUUUACAAAUCCAACUAAAUUGUGUUUUUUGCCGCUUAGAGCACCUUUGCCUUUUUUGACCCCUUUUUGCUUCUGAUCGAAACGAAACAACACAAAAUAUUCCGUCACCAUGCGUGAAAAGUUGAAGUUAACUGUACCAUUCUGGGUGGUACUAUACCCUUUGGUGUUGUGUGCGACACUGCAAAGCUGUUCCUCAGCUUCCAAUCCGCCUCAGAGGAUCAAGAAACAAUCCAAAUCAACGGCCACCGAGGAUCGAUUUGGAUCCUCUAUGGUCUUCCCUGUCACUGGGAAUGUCUAUCCUAAAGGGUACUAUCAAGUGACACUUAACAUAGGCCACCCAUCCAAACCUUACUUUCUUGAUAUGGACACUGGCAGUGACCUCACCUGGCUUCAGUGUGAUGCACCUUGUACCAAAUGCACUCCGACCCCUCACACUCUUUACAAGCCAAACAAGAACGUUGUCACAUGUAAGGAUCCCCUCUGUGGUUCUCUUAACUGGUCUGGUAGUCACCCUUGCGAAACCCCUGACGAGCAAUGUGACUACGAGGUCCAGUAUGCUGAUCAUGGUUCAUCUUUGGGUGUCUUGGUCAAAGACUCAUUUCCUUUAAGAUUCAUCAAUGGUAGUACUGUUGGUCCCCGCCUAACAUUCGGAUGCGGUUACAAUCAAGAAUUUCCAGAUACAAUUCGUCCACCUUUCACAGAUGGAGUCCUUGGCCUUGGCAGUGGCAAAUCAAGCAUUGUAUCACAAUUGCAAAACCUUGGACUGACACAAAAUGUGGUGGGUCAUUGUUUAAGUGUGCAAGGAGGGGGGUUUCUUUUCUUUGGAGAUGAUCUUGUCCCUUCUUCAGGUUCAGGGAUCAUCUGGACACCUAUGUUGCACAAUCCACCAGAAGAACAACAUUCUUUGGGACCAGCAGAACUACUUUUUGACGGGCGGACUACCGGAGUUAAGGGUCUCAAAAUAGUAUUCGACACUGGAAGUACCUACAGUUACUUCAAUUUGCAAGCUUACAAAGCUCUAGUUUCUUUGAUAAUGAAGGAUUUAAAUGGCAAGCAGUUAAAGGAGACAGCUGAAGAUAGAAGCCUCCCACUAUGCUGGAAAGGCAGGAAACCUUUCAAAUCCAUUCGAGAUGUCAAGAAUUACUUCAGGCCGAUAGAACUGUUCUUUAUGAAUGACAAGAAUGUUCAGUUCCAAUUGCAACCCAAAGCAUAUCUCAUUGUGACGGAACACGGCAAUGUGUGCUUGGGCAUCUUGAAUGGCACUGAAGUUGGCCUCGGAAAUGUCAACAUAAUCGGAGGUAUAAGACUCCGAGACAUUUCUAUGCAAGAUAAAAUGGUGAUUUAUGACAACGAGAAUCAAUGGAUUGGAUGGGUUACUGCAAACUGCGACAGGCUCCCUAACUUGGACCAGACAUGUGAUGAAGGUUUCUCUCAACCGUAUGCAGAUAAUUUGGGUAUUUUAGGACAUUCCACUGCAAAUUUUGGAUCUGUGAGGAGUAAAUAAGCUGGCCCGCAAAUAGCGCAAUGGGACUUCAGGCGAAAGUAGCUCUCAUAUAACUGUUCACUUGUAGGAAUUUUACAAGGUCUUUGUUCUCCUGCUCUAGAAUAUAUAAACAGUAGAAAAUGUACAUCGGUACGAUUUAAGUAGGAGAAUAGGCAAUACAUAAGUUUGUUACAGCUGAAACUCAAUGUGACAAUGUUUUUUGAUCUGUGGCUCUGUUGAACGUUAGUGAUCCAGGUGGAUGUCAACGAUAAUAGGCAAUUUAGUUUUGUGCAAAGAUUAACUCGGAAUGGCUGUGGUUAAGAUUUGCUUGAAUGUACAUAAAUACAUUGCACCUGCAUAAUCCCUGCGACAUGCACAAACAUAUGGAAAACAUUAGAAGGAAUUACAUUUAGAAGUCAUUUGGUAUAUACCAACUAUAUGUUAUACAAGAUGGUCUGAUAAUUG